GUGUGAGGCAGCUAGCCCACAUAUUCAUCCUGUUGGAUGGUGUAAAGAACAUAAAAGAACUCUCAUCACCCCACCAGAUUAUCCACAUGCUAAGCAUUUUUCUUGGGAGAAGUAUUUGGAAGAAACCAGUUCAUUACCUGCACCUGCAAGAGCUUUUAAAGUGAAACCUUCUCAUGGCUUUCAGAAAAACAUGAAACUUGAAGUGGUUGACAAGAGAAAUCCAGUAUUUAUCAGAGUAGCAACUAUUGUAGAUACUGAUGACUACAGAAUAAAAGUCCAUUUUGAUGGCUGGGAUAGUAUUUAUGAUUAUUGGACUGAUGUAGAUAGCCCUGAUAUCCAUCCUGCAGGCUGGUGUACAAAGACCGGACAUCCUCUUCAGCCCCCACUUAGUCCCUUGGAAUUGGUGGAAGCUCUAGAGCAUGGAGGGUGUCCCACAGCAGGAUGUAAAGGAGUUGGACACAUUAAAAGAGCAAGACAUAUCGGUCAUCAUAGUGCAGUCAGCUGCCCGUAUUCAGAGAUGAACUUGAACAAAGAAAGCCUCUUACCUGACCGCUUGAGUGGGGAGAUGCCUGCAGCCAGUCCUGUUCCCAGAAACAGAAAAGUGGAAUCAAGUGAAAGAUCCACCUCUCCUGUAAUCAAUGACAGCAAAUGCCCCAGCCCUGGUCACGUAGGUAUGAAAUCUUCAGCUCACAAUCGAUUGUCUGGGAAAAGUGUAUUGGAAACAACUGAGGAAGAUGCAGAAAGUAAAUCUCCUUGCAAGAAGCCCCUGUUAUGUGAUGUGAAAGAAAAGAAGGCACCUAG